UCAGAAAGAAGACUAGAGAAGCCAAACAACAAAGCACUACAGUUACAUUUCAGAGAAGACAACUCUGAAAUAGCUGUGCAUUUGCUGUUUAAAGUAUUUAUGCUUCAUGAUCCAGAAUGGAAAAUAUGGACAGUGGAUCUUCUCUGGACAUGGAUGAAGUAAUUAACAUGAAUGAACAGUGCCAUGUAUUUAAGGAGACUGAACUUUGGAAAGAAAAUGUGGAUUUAAUAGAAAAGAACAGCUUGGGAAAUACCGUGUCCUCUUCCUAUGAAAUAUCAGCCCCAACCAACAUAGGGAUAAAAUUGGGUCCUGAUAGCCUCACUAGGAGGCGGGGCUUGCCUGGUAAGUUGCAUCUAUUGAAUAUGGAGCAUGAUGGGGCUGACAAUCCCCCAUAUCUAUUUGAUAGGCAUGCUCCAAGUAGGAUUUCUACUUCUCCAACCUUGAGGAGGCUAAGAAAGAACACAUCAUCGGUUUCUCAAAUAGCUCCACUCCAUGACAGUGCUGAGAAUAUAAGAACAGACAAACAGAUGCCACAAAUCAACACUUUUCUUUCUAUGCAUCCAGAACUUCCUUCUCACCCUCAGCACUGUUCUCUCCCAUCAUCCUGUGGCAUUUACUCAAAUACAGUGGCCCAAGUACAACACUCUACGUCAGUUAAUCCCAAAGCAAAUCUAAUAGAUAACAAAGAUGAUUUCAGUGAUACUCAAACAGUGCAGAACAGUAACGAGAACAACCCUUCUCCAGAAUGUGAAGGAAACGAUUCUCAGCAAUAUAGCCAGGCCUUGGAUUUACAUAAAUCUAGUAGGUUAUCUGUCCGCAGGCAUAGCUCAGUGGUGGUGAGUUUGCCUGGACUUGAGAUGUUCCCUGGAGACUUGAUGAUAUCAGACAGUGCAGCACAAUUCCUAUAUCAAUCAGCAUCACUGCAAAACUCAGAAUCCAAAAGGACAUGGUGGCCAUUUGCUAAAAAAGGAAUUAAUAAAGACAAACAAAAACAAAUGGCUGAGCUGGAAUAUUGUCUCUCAACUCAAACCAUUAAAAUGUCAGAGUGUGGUGGCUACAAAUUUCACAAUGUAAAGGAUAAAACAUGGCAUGAAAUGAUGAAGAUGUAUCAACUCGAGGCACAAGCCACUAGCGAUCAGUUAGAUACAAAGAAGAAAGAAGCUGUGUGGGAACUAUUCACAACAGAAUGCAAUUAUUUUCUUGAUCAUCUGUUGGUUCUCAAAAUGAUCUUUAUGGAUACAUUAAAGUACCUACAGAGCAAAGAACUCCUACCAGAUGUGGAUCCCGAGUUACUGUUUGCAAACCUGGAAGAAUUAAAUCAGGUGACUCUAAGUUUUGUAACCAGUUUAUUUAGCACCAUGGAGGAUCAUCUUCUUGGGCGAACCCCCUCCCUUGAUUUCAUCAGUGUACUCACAAAGCAUUUCCAAGGUAACCUGUGUCAGAGCCACCAAAUAUAUUGUCUGACGUACACUUCUGCUAUUUUUUACUUGGAAAAACUGAAAAAAAGAGAAGAUUUUGGGACCUUUUUGAAAUGGUGUGAGCGGAAUAAAGAAUGUAAGCGACUCCGUCUAGCUGAAAUGUUAGUUGCACCUUUACACAAGUUGACCCGUUAUCCCCUCCUGUUAAAGAACAUUUGGAAAAAUACAGAGGCAGCAGAGAAAGUUAUCAUUAAUUCACUGAAGGAAAAGGUGGAAACAUCAAUACGGGAUUUGGAAGGUAAAGUGAAAUGGUUGGAUAAUUUUCAGAAAUUUAAACAGCUUCAGGAAAUUAUAAUUUGGCCUUCACUUUGGGAUCAAGACAAGAGACAGUUUGUUCCUGAGCCUCUCAAGUACAUGCUAAGAGAUAAUCCACAUGAAAACAUCUUGUCACCUACAAAGAGAUCACUUGUUCUUGAAGGCCGAUUGAUACUUGCAGAAUCUAUGCGAUUUACCGACGUCUAUCUCUUCCUAUUUGAUGAUUUGCUAUUGAUUACAAAACCUAACAGAUAUAAAAAGAGAUUUGACUUGAGUUUAACACCUGCUUGUUCUUUCUUCAGUCUGGAGUUGCAAUCUUUGCUUGAAGAAGGUGGUAACUGCAUAGUACUUGGCCAGCCUAUCCCAUUAGAUAGAAUUAUGGUAAAAAAUAUUGAUUCAUUCCAUAUCACAGCUUUGGGACUACGAAAUGCUUUUCUAAUACAGCAUGAAAAUAGAUAUCAACAGUGCAUAGGAGCCUAUUUACUUCAAGCACAAACAGAGGUAUCCAAGAAAACAUGGAUAUCCCAGAUGGAAACAACAAUCACCAACUAUAUAAGAAGAAAUAAUCUUUCAAAAACUUCCUUUUUCAAUACACUUGCUGAAUCCUCUGAAAUUUAGCUGUAACUUGUAAUGUUUUUACUUUUUAAAUAUUUUUGAAUAUUUAAAGAAAAUUUUUGAAAUGUUUUCAAACCUUUCUGAAAUGAGAGUAUUUUUUUAGUUAGAACAGAGUUCAGGGGAUAACUCGUAUGAACAUAUGCAAACAUCAAUGUUACUACGAUCUUUAGUUCAUCUGCAUUUACUAAUAAACAUAAAUGGGGGGAAAUCAGAAUAUUAAGUGCCAUUAAAAUAACAUUCUUAACUUACCUUCGCGCUUAAUUUUUCAUCAAACUAACUACAAUAGCAUUAUACUGCUUGUCAAAAAGAGAAGGCAUCCCUAAGUGCAUAUGAUCUGCCUAAAAAUCAGUGACAAUAAAAAAAAACCUGAAGAUAACAAUGAUGAAGACAAAGCAGAUGAACUAGUGAGAAAGAAAAAAAAUUAUAAUAUGCAAUUUGACUACAAAAACUAAAAAAAAAUUGUUAGAAUCCAUAUGGUGUAGAGAUUAAUUUAAUCAUAUUUAUCAUUUGUUAUGAUAAACUGGCCAACGAAGAAAAGGUACCCAGCAGAGAUUUGCUGGUAGAACUUUCAUCUAGGUGAAAAACCUUGAUUCUACUUUUUGAGAUUUUUAAAUUCCAAAAAGAAUGAAAUGAUCUAAAAGGGUGUCAAGUAAAACUCAAGAAGAUAGAUAUUUAAUAGCAGAACAAAGAUCUUAAAAAUUUCAUAUCGCUCUAGAGGCAGUGAUUCUUCCUUUCUGCACUAAAGAGAUACUUGGGCAUAAAGGAGAAACUGAGGGCUUUUUUAAAGGGUUUGGUUUUUUUGGAUAAAACUAUUAGCAGAUGGAUUCAUGAUAAGGCUUUGAAAUGUUUGUAUCUUGGUUAUCAGACACUGGAAGAACAGCUCAUUUGCUAGAAUUCAUCUGUCAUAUUGAUGACUGUAAAACAGAAGUGUUCUGUUGUAAUGAAUUAACAGGGUUUUAUGGCUGCAAAGUUCUUCUGAAGCAACCAUGCUAACAGAAAAUGGAACAGAAAUGGCACAGAAUAUGAUUUAUGUGUUUAGUAACAAAUAUAUUACCAUGAGUAAAAAGAACCUGACAGAUAUUUGACAACCAAGUUAACUGGAAUUUCUCAAAGCCACAGGUAGAAAUAACCUUAUAUAUAGUGGCUUAUAUAAUCUUAUAUAAAUCAAUGACUUUUGAUUUAUAAAUUAAAAUGUUGUUAUUAAAGAGUUCAUCAGAUAUUA